AUGUUGUGCCGCUCGCUGCUCCGCCGCGCCUGGGCCGCGCCGACCCGUCAGGCCGCGGCGUACCCCCUGCAGCACCUCCUGGACAGCUACCAGUGCAGGCGGGAGGAUGACCACCUGUCUCACGGGGAGGUGGGCAUGCCGGUUCCUCCCUUCGGCUGCGCCUUUUCUGCAGCCCCAGAUUUGGAUCAUGUCCUGGCAGUUGCAAAUGAAGAAGGAUUCGUAAGGCUGUAUGACACUGAAGCUCAAUCUAGCAGCAAACUGAUCUUUAAGGAAUGGCAGGCUCACUCAAAUGCUGUCUUUGACCUUGCCUGGAUACCAAGGGAACACAAGAUUGUCACUGCUUCAGGAGACCAGACAGCCAAGGUGUGGGAUGUGAGAGCUGGAGAGCUUCUUGGCAUAUGCAAAGGUCACCAAUGUAGCCUCAAGUCAGUUGCUUUUUCUAGGUUUGAGAAAGCUGUCUUCUGUACUGGAGGCAGAGAUGGAAACAUCAUGGUUUGGGAUAUCAGAUGCAACAAGAAAGAUGGAUUUUACAGGCAAGUGAAUCAAAUCAGUGGAGCACACAAUGUGGUUGACAAGCAGACUCCUUCAAAAACAAAGAAGAAGAAGCAGAACCUGAAAGGACUUGCUCCUUUAGUGGAUUUCCAGCAGAGUGUAACUGUGGUGCUGCUUCAGGAUGAGCAUACUCUUAUUUCUGCAGGAGCUGUUGAUGGUGUGAUCAAAGUAUGGGACUUGCGCAGGAACUAUGCCACAUAUCGUCAGGAUCCAGUGCCAUUCAAGUCUUUUUGCUACCCUGGGACCAGUACUCGCAAACUUGGAUAUUCUAGUCUGGUUUUGGAUUCCACUGGUGCUAAUCUGUUUGCUAACUGCACAGAUGAUAGUAUCUACAUGUUCAAUAUGACAAGCUUAAGGACCACUCCAGUGGCCGUUUUCAGUGGACACCAGAAUUCUACCUUUUACAUCAAAUCCAGUGUUAGCCCAGAUGACCAGUUCCUGGUUAGUGGUUCGAGUGAUUGCAGUGCGUACAUCUGGAAGGUUUCUGAGCCCAGCCUUCUUCCACGGGUACUACUUGGUCACUCUCAAGAAGUUACCUCUGUUGCUUGGUGUCCUUCAGACUUCACUAAGAUUGCCACCUGCUCUGAUGACAACAGUGUGAGGAUUUGGCGCUUACAACGUUGUCCUGAGGAGGAGAAAUCGACAUUCAGCAAAAUCAACUUGGUAGGCUGGGUUACUCAGAAGAAACCAGAAGAACAAGGUGGAGUAGGUCUACCAACCAGCCCACAGACUACUCCUGCCAAGGUCUUUACAGUGGGCAACCCAUGUAUUUCCUCACCUCGUGCAGCUGCCUGUGCUCCCAGUUAUUCUGGAGAUCUUCCUCUUUCUACAAACACUCCAACAGACUCUCUCAAAACCCAAAUGGCCAUGAUCUGUACACCGGCAAAGCAGAGCAGAGCCAGCCCAUGCGCUUCUCCCAAACUGAUGCCUUCCACCAAAAUGUCCAUUAAACAUUGGGUUACUAGGACUCCAGGCUCUUCUCCUCUAGACAUGGGAAAAAAGGCUCCUUCUCCUAGGAAGGCCCUGGCAGAAGUCACACAAGGUCUCUUGGAGACGGCUUGCACUCCUAAAGCAGCGUACUCACAGUUUGAAAAGCGUGCCAAAAGAAGGCUUGAUUGCAGCAAGGAAGAUGACGUGGGGCAGAAGUGUCUGCAGACCUGUAGCUGUGUGACUGAACUGGACCAUGUAGCUAAGAAAUCCAAGCUAAAUUUAUGUCAUUUGGCUGCAGGCCAAAAAGCUGAUGAAAGUUCUCUGAGUCUGGCCGAGUUGGAUAAUGAUCGUGAAGGCUCUAGCCACAGCCCAAAAGAGCCUUCUUUUCCUGGAAGCCCUAUUAAUCCAUCAGGAUUUAAAACUCCCCCUCUUUUCCGAUCUCCUUGCGGGAAAGGAGCUGACGUAGUAGAUAAAGAAAAUAGUUCACCUGAAAGAAAAAACUGGCUGUCUGUUCUGGGAGAGAAGCUAAGGACUGGCAAAGCUGGCAUCCCGAAUGCAUCAAACAGCCCCCCAUCAUCUUGUAAUCCCAGUGCAAAACGACAAGAGGCAGCAGCAGUGGCCACUUCACCAAAAGCUGCUGUAACCACUUCAGUUUCCAUGAGGAAGAUCUGCACAUACUUCCACAGAAAGCCACAGAAUGACUAGAGCGUGCGGCAGUUGUACCUGGUGGAUGUUGACACUGUGUGGUAUCAAGACCAGAUUUAGCAACACUGACAGAGCAAUGCACUGGGAUUACACAGCUUCUUGUCAGACCUUAAUAAACACGGAUUUUAUUCUCCUGUUUUUAAACCUGUUAACACUUGAAAUCAGCUGAGCAUGGAACACUUACACAAUGCUUAUGGAGAUUCAUGGUCUCUUAGUGAGUUCAGAUGAUGGAAUAUUCAAUACAUUUUUUUAUUUUAUAAAGAAAGCUGAAUAUUUUUCACAUGAUGACUGAUAAAUUCCAAAGGCAGGAGCAUAUUCGCUGUAUGUUGCUGACAGGCAUGUACAGCUUGUCAAUUCAUGUUACUAAUCUGCUAUUGAAAUUUUCUGUAUUUACGAAUCCUGCAAAAAGUCUUUACACCCUCUUGAAUAGCAAGUGUUAAGAGUUUUUGUGGAGAAGCUCUUACUGGGGGUAGACCUGAGCCACUUUGUGCUGAGUGGUAUUUCUACAACUGUUCCUCUAGUACAGCAGUGACUCUGAUUUUGGCAGGAAAGUUAUAAAUGUGGCUUCCUGUAAAUACAAAAGACUUCUAAAUGCCCAGUGUAUCUGUCUCCAUCUGAUGGCACAGCUGGUGAUUAUAGGAGACAAAGUAUAGUCAGGUAUGUGAUGCCUGUACUCCUCUUGCCAUCUCCUUCCCUUUCAGUCUGAAAACGUCUGAAUUUACAGACUUAGCUGUUAAGGCUUACAACCUGUCACCUCUUUGAAAUAAAGUAGUGGCAAGGUGUGUUACAAAGGGUUAGUUUAGUCUAUCCUAAAUAGACUUAACAGAUAGUUGAGCAGUGCCCUCUCACAGAUGCAGCCUGUAGCAAAGGUGCUAAUAACUGUUUAUAAAAUAAUUCCAUAAUACUUUUCUAAGCAGCAUUUAUAAAAUAGUAUUUUGUAAGUUUGGGGGGCACUUGACAUUUUAGAAAGCACUUGCUAGUUUACAUAUUAAUAAUAAAUACUUUGCCAUCUGUAAGUCAUCAUUGAUGCUGAUAGAAAAAGAUCACUAACUUAAAUGAGGUCACAGUCCUGCUGGCUAAUGAUACUAACUCCUAAGUCAUAGGUUUCCAUAGGAGUAGCUAAUAGGAGAUCCACAUCUUAGACUGGAGCAUUUAGUCUUGCUUCUGGUGUACCAGUUCCUAUGAACGUCUUAAAAAAUAAUCUCUGAAUCCCUGUAAAGUCUUCAUACUGCAAAAGUAUUGAGAACUGAAAGGGAUAUAAUCCAACUAAUUCAUGUUUUCUAUCUGCAAAUUUCACAUGUACUCUUCAGUGCCAUUGAGUAGUAUGGUAGCUGAAAGGGAUCAGGAAAACAUUUUGCUUUAUAUUUUAUUUUGUGGACUGUAUUCUGCAAGAAAAUA